AUGGGAGGUGCUGCAAAAUUAUCACAGCAAAUUGAACGUCUUGUUGAGGUGGUUGAGAGUAGGAGAACAUCAAUGACUAAUACAGUUUCACAAGGAGCUAGUAUUGCUAAAGUGAUGAAAGAUAUUGCAACUUUACCUGGGGCAGAGCGUGGUAGCAAAUAUUUUAGUAACUUACUUGAUAUUGUAUGUCGUUUGGCUGUGGAUGUAAUUAAACCAUUGGAAAAUGCGUUUAACAACACUCCAAAGGAAAUCCUACAAGAUUCUAGAUAUAUGCCUCAUUUCAAGGAUUGUAUUGGUGCUAUAGAUGGUGUUCAUGUGCAAGCCAUAGUAUCUCCUUCUAAUCAAAUACCAUUUAUUGGUAGAAAAGGGAUACCUACCCAAAAUGUGAUGGAUGCAUGCAAUUUUGACACGCAAUUUAUAUUUGCAUGUGCCGGAUGGGAAGGCACGACCCAUGACACAAGGAUAAUUUUAUCGGCUUUACGUGAUCAGAGUUUGAAUUUUCCUAAACCUCCAAAUGGAAAAUAUUAUCGAGUCGAUGCGGGAUACCCACAAAUGAGAAGCUACUUAGAACCAUAUAAAGGUGAAAGAUAUCAUCUUCCAGAUUUUCGCAGGGGUGUUCAACCGAUGGGUCAUAAAGAGGUAUUCAAUCAUGCACACUCUUCCCUUAGAAGUGUUAUUGAACGCACUUUUGGAGUAUGGAAAAAGAGAUGGAGUAUUUUACGAGACAUGCCUAGUUAUCCUUUUGCAAAACAAGUAAAAAUCGUUAUUGCAAACAUGGCACUUCAUAACUAUAUAAGAAGACAUGUCAAACGUGAUUGUCAUUUUGAUGAAAGUGAAAAUGACCUAAAUGGUAUUCAAUGUGAAGAGAUUGAGAUAGAGGUUGAUGCACAACAAGAAGAUGAUCCUGCAACACAAGAAAUUAAGGCAUUAAGAAAUCAUAUAGCCGCAAGUUUAAUGAGUUCAUCUACCUAG